AUAGCCAGGUGAGAUAAAUUUCCAAAAUAUGGUUAGUGGACCAGAGUUGAAAACUCCAUUUAAGCAGGACAGUGGUAAACGUUAACACUAUCGUCUAUGGGAAAUCAUUUGGUUCCGCGGUCCCUAUAGGUAGCUACCGGAUAUGACGUUUUAUGCCAUUCAGCGUCCCUGGACACCAGAUGAUGGGACCCAAGUGCACACUUAUAGGUGGGAUUUUCAUCAUGGAGGUAUUUUGGCAGAAUUUAGAGAAGAAAUUAGACUCAGGUGGAUAUUAUAAUGGAAAUAUGAACCCAUGUAGAGUGUGGAGAGGGGCCAGAGACCAGGGAGGUUACGGACGUGUUGUUGUUAGAUGGCCAAACGGACACCGGACGACAGAGAGAGUGCAUCGUUUGUCACUGAUGGUCAAUUAUAGAUGGCUGAAGGAUGCUUUCCCGAGGAAAGACGGUGAGGGCAAGAUAUUGGAGGUCAGUCAUUUGUGCCACAACAAACUUUGUUUCAGUAUAAAACACUUAGUCAUCGAGACACAUGAAGCUAACCAGGCCAGAAAUCACUGCCAGUUGCAAAACAGGUGUUCAGGUUGCCAUGUUCCGAAGUGUAUACUGUGAUCAGCAGGUCCUUGGACACAGAGCUUCCAGCUGUGAUAGGACACCCAACUCCACUACACAGUUCUUUAAUGGCAUUGCCCGGUCCAUGGUUCACAGAAUGCACAGCCCUAUGAGCUCUCCCGGAGAAGUUACGAGUUCACACUUGAGGGAAGACCGCUUUAACCGUCUGUUCACAGAUUCUACCUUUUGGGUUGUCAGGUUCCACAGGGUCAUUUCCAAAACUUGGUCACCCAGACGGGCAUUAACUUUCCCCAUCAGAAUUUUGGAUACAGUUGCCUCAUCACUGACCUUGAAAUCACUUGGUAAGUACAAGUUGUCUGUUAGCCAGUUAUUUGUUUUCCUCCCUGCACACACAAGUGAUUUGGUUUUGCACUCAAAAUGUUCACCUUGGUAGCAUUUCACAAUUGCCUCUCUGACACCACGACCCGC